AUGGCUCUGAAUAAGUUUAUGCAUCCUCGUAAUACAUAUAAAAUACGACCUGAUUUCGGGAGGUUAGCUAAGUUAGAUCCAGAGUUUUCGGCUAUUUCAAAAACGGAUGUAACAGGUAAGGUUACUAUUGACUUCAAAGAUGCCAAUUCACUCAGAAUAUUGACUAAGUGUUUAUUGAAAACUGACUUUAAUCUGAAUGUGGAGAUUCCAGAGGACAGGUUGGUCCCUACACUUCCCUUAAGACUUAAUUACAUAUUAUGGUUGGAAGAUUUAUUAACAUCAAUACAAAGAAGCAGUGACAUAAAGGGGCUUGAUAUAGGUACCGGAGCAUGUGCUAUUUAUCCUUUGCUAGCUGCUGUUAAGAACAAAUGGAGCAUGGUAGGAACAGAAAUGGACACAGAAAGUUUAUUGAAGGCUAAAGAAAAUGUACAAAGAAAUGGCUUAACAGAGCUUAUAGCAUUGAAAGAAAAUACAUCUAAAUCAAUUAUUGCACAUGUCUUCACUGAAGAAAAACUAGUGUUUGAUUUCUGUAUGUGCAACCCUCCAUUUUACAGUAACGUUCAGGAGUUGUGCGAAUCUCGUAGCCCAGCCAGACUUCCACCCAAAAAUGGAUUUACUGGAUCUCCUCAAGAACUAAUUACUGAGGGAGGAGAAUUAGAAUUUUGUAGAAAGUUAAUUAGAGAAAGCAAAAAGUAUAAGGAUAACAUAAUAAUAUUUACGACAAUGGUUGGUCACAAAUACAAUUUAAUUGUACUAGUACAAGAUUUAAAAACAGAAAAUAUCAGGCAUACCCACACUGAGUUUUGUCAAGGACGUGUUACGAGAUGGGGGCUGGCUUGGACGUAUAGGGAAUACGAUGUAUAUAAUUUAGUUCCUCCAAGAAACAAACCAAGAAAAAAACAAACGCCAACUAUAUAUCUCUUACCAGAGUUAUCAAAAUGCACUUACAGUAUAAAAGUAGCCGAAGAUAAAAUAAAAGAGAUGUUAAGUAGUCUCAGUAUUAGGCAUACACUACUCGAGAAAAGAGGUAGCAAUGUAGUGCUUGAAAUAAUAGCAAACAAAGAUACUUGGUCCAAUCAACGACGAAAAAGAAGGCUUCAGAAAAGACCAGAACAUCAAUCCAAGAUAUCUAAAUUAGACCACGAGAUAGAAGAACCAGAAAAUGGUGUUUCAAUAUCAUCAAAAGUUUUAGAAAAUUGUAUGGAUAAUUCAGAAAAAAGUACACACAAUGAAGAAAAAGAAUCCACAGAGUGCUCUAAGAGCAAUCCGUUAAUCCACGCAUUUUUCAAAUUGUUAAGAAAAGAUAAAGAUAUUUUAUUAGAGGUAGAAUUUAUUGAUGGCAGUGGUGGAAAAGAAGGCCUGCAUCAAAUAUUGCAGUAUAUAAAAAAUAAUUGGAAAUAA